CCCUGCCCCACCCCCGGGCGCAGAGCGCGUUUUGCGACAUUUCCGGCGCCGGGGUCCUAGCUUCACGGCUUUCGCGCCUCGUCGACUGGCAGAGACCUUCGGGAAAGCGGUUCUGCCCCUCUGCAGGUGCAGGCCCCGCGUAACCUCCUGUCUGGACAGAGGGAAAGGACAAUGCAGAAGGACUCGGGCCCACUAGUGCCUUUGCAUUGGAUUGGCUUUGGCUAUGCCGCACUGGUUGCUUCUGGUGGGAUCAUUGGCUAUGCAAAAGCAGGGAGUGUCCCAUCCUUGGCUGCUGGGCUCCUCUUCGGUGGUUUAGCAGGUCUCGGUGCCUAUCAGCUGUCUCAGGAUCCGAGGAACAUUUGGGUUUUCCUAGUUACAUCUGGAACCUUGGCAGGCAUUAUGGGAAUGAGAUUCUACCACUCUGGAAAAUUUAUGCCUGCGGGCUUGAUUGCUGGUGCCAGUUUGCUGAUGGUUGCCAAACUUGGAAUUAGUGUGCUCAAUGGGCCCCGUCAGUCAUAGUCAUGUCCCAACUUGGACUCAUGAAGAAUUUGAAAACUUGCACUAUUUUUAGUGUAUUAAGAGAAGUGCUGUGAGGGGUGUAAGUGUCUAAUCAUUAUGUUGUUUUGUACACCUGAAACUAAUAAGAGAAACAAGUGUAGCAUUUUUACAUAUUCUGACAUUUUACUUCAAAAUAAAACAAAAAAAGGUACUGAACUUUGCAGAGAAAAAAAUCAGUCAUUAUUACAACCCUUAAGAAGUGGGAUCUUAUUAACCCUCGUAUAGUUUGAUUCUUAUAUGUUGACGUUAUCUCUUCUUUCUGUAUUUUUACAUAAAGUCUCAAGGGGUAAAAUGUUAGGUGUCAACAUUGGGGGCCCUGAAACCCCACACCCUCCCUAGAGGAACGGUGUGGGAAAAAAUCUCUUAUGAGAUUUAGGAUAUUCUCUUUUUCCUGUUCUUUGGCUCAUCUUUGAGCACAGACCUACUUUGAAAUUAUGUUAAAUGAAAUAAUCAAUGAAAAUAAAGCUUACUAUAAAUAAUA